AUGAACACGCAGGAUAUUAACAGCAAUAGUAGCAACAAUCAUAGCAACAUUAUUGAUAGUUCAGAGCCCAGUGAUAGCGAGGAAGAACCGUUUACUACAAACGAAGAAGCCUUUUCAAGCCGUAUUAGUUUAAAUGAAGAGACGCUUUCAUAUCUUCAAGAAUUCCGAAAAUUUCAAUAUAAAUCAUUUUCAAAAGCAAAAACAUAUGGAUUAUUUCUCACUUCAAAAUGUUGUUUUGUUAAAAAAAAAAAACGCACGUAUGAACAAAUAGACAUGGAGGAACUUCACAAAAAUAUGCUUAACAAUUACAUUUCUGAUGUAAAAGUUGAAAGACAUAUUUUCAAAGAUAUUACAGAAUUAUUUGGUAGCUUUAACGUUGAAAAGGAUGAAAGGGAUUCGAUUAAGUUGGUACUGUUUGAUAUUUAUAAGAAAGCCUCCAAACAAGAUAGGAGACUUGUAGAUGUUCUUAUUAAUUUAUUGAAUAUUCUUCCUACCGAAAAUUUGUUGGACCAUAAGGUGGAGGAGACAGAGUUAAUUAAUGGGUAUUUGCAACCUAUUCUAUCGCCACUUUUUCACAAGCCAGAAAAAUCGCAGUUAUUCUUAUGGUUAAACACAAAAACCGAUCUUAAAAACCAUGAUAAGAGACCAGAUGGUGGAUGUGUAUUGAUCGAAAAAAGACGAAUCAGCCAAUAUACAGGUUUUGCGGAGGUUAAGGCGGAUUACCAAAAGAAUAAUGCGCACCAAACACACGGUGAUUUGUUGAGACUGGCUUUAUUUGCAAGUAAUGGGUAUGAUGAAUAUAAUACUGAAUGCAUUCUAGUAUUACAAGCUAUAGGUAAAGUAACUAAACAGCUUGCAUCAUGUUUUGAACUUACAUAUUUCUGUCCCAAAUCUAGGAUUAAACAUAACAGCAUACGGCUUUACUCAACAUGCGAGUGGUGCCACCGUCAUGUUUGA